UAUCUGCUGUGACGAGUUGUGAAAUGUAUCAACCUCAACAAAACAUGAUGAGAGAAGCAUUAUUAUACAUUGUCUGUUUAUUUUUACUGGUUUUUAUUGGCAUCGAGGGGAAAUCUGUAACAAUCAAGCACGCCUCCAUAGAGGGUGUGCUGUCUGAGAAAGGCUCCCCAAAUGAACUUGUAAAAGAUUCUCUGGAUCAGCUCUAUAAAGAAAUUAUGCUGCGGUUUGAGAUAGAAAAAAAGUUAAAGACUCUUACGGAACGAGUCUCCGAUUUGGAAGGCGCAAGCAAAACAGAAAACAAAGCAAGGAAUGGAUUUUAUGCCUAUAUUUCACACGAUCUGAAUAAUCCUGGUGGCGGCGUCACCAUUGUAUACGACGAGGUGAAGACAAACUUUAAGGACGGCUCAUACAACAAACAUACGGGCAUUUUCACCGUUCCAAUAGCUGGUUUGUAUUCCUUCACCUGGGUGACGCGGGUAGAAUGCAAUGAAGCAUACACAUGUGAACUACUGGUCAACAAAAAGGUCGUGGGCAGCACGUUCGCGUACUGUGGUUGGAACACCGUGACGGGGAACGCUCUUGUUAGGGUGGACGCAGGCGACAGUGUUUUUGUGCGCACCCUUUCGGGGAAAGGAAAGAUCAGAAGCAACCAACAGGGGAGGUCAUCCUUUUCGGGACUGUUGUUGGAAUAAAGACGUAUCGUAUGAUAUCCGACCCAGAGCUCCGUGAUUGCCUCUCUCUUUUGAUUUUGUAUUCUUUGUGGGGUUUGUGAGAUUCAUCCCUGUUCGUUAUCGUCACUGUUUAUCCUAAAUCGUAACAAGGUUUUUAUUUUUGAUAUGACAAAUGUUGUGUUUAAAGCGAACGUAGUUAUCUAUAAGUUGUCAUGGUUAUUGCAGUAAUUAAUAAACUUAAUCUCGGCUUACGUAAAUGUAGCAUGACAUGAAAACUACAAGUGUCCCAUCACCUGCGUCGAAUUAGAAAUGAGGUAAGGUAUUUAUUGUAUGAGGAAUGGAGAUUUAACAAAUUUGAAUGAUUGAAAUAAAAACAAUGUUUAAUAUUAAAUAAUGAUGAAAGUGAAGUAGAUCAAAUUUCCAUCCCUGGUUGGUUGGUUGUAUAUUGUUUAACGUCCCUCUCGAGAAUCUUUCACUAAUAUGGAGACGUCACCAUUGCAAGUUAAGGGCUACAAAAUUUAGGCCUAUGGUCGGCGCUUACGGUCGCUGAGCAGGGAGGAUCUUUAUCGUGCCACACCUGCUUUGACACCGGCUCUCGGUUUUUGCGGCCUCGUCCGACGGACCGCCCCAUUUAGUCACCACUUAUGAAAAGUUUUAAAUAAUUUAAUGAGACAUGUUCUUCCUAUAAACAUCAUUGUAAAAUUAUGGAUGUAGUGAAUCAAGCAGUAAUCAAGAGUUUGUAAAUUCCUAUUGUGUAUUAUUUCUGUUAAAUAAACUCCUCAAAAUCAUACCAUGAUUACGAAAGUCCCGCCAUCCAUUUCCUAGAUAUGGUGGAUUUUGAUGAAAGUUCUAAAUCUGGACUAUUGCACAGUUUCUCUUUUAUCCCAUAUGUUGUCAAUAUCAAUAUACAUGUACAUACUGAUAGAUCGUCAUUUCAAGAUGGUGAUUUAUGAUACAAAUCGUGGACACUAAUUCAAAUGUUGUAAAUUCAUUAUUUGGUUGA